AUGCAAGCGAUUGACGGCGGUCGUUUGAUGCAGCCUGGUUCUAAAGUCUCCAACAACGGAACUGAAUCGACGGGCUUCUCUCACAACGCAUACGCAUCUAAUCAACACCUAGGCUUCACCGACCGUAACGCCCGGAGGGCCAAUAUCCCCGCCAUCAACACUAAUUCGGCAUCCUCGCAUUCCAAAGAACAGCUCCCUUACAACACCCAAUUCGAUAUGAAUUUCGCACCGCUGCUCCCAUCCCAGCUCCUCCUGGGUAGCCCUUUCCAGCCAGGGACCCCUUCUGCCUUCGCCUCUCCGCAGUUUGGAACUUUCCCAGGGUUCUCUCAGGCCACCCAGAGCGUUGGUCAGAAUCAUCAAAAUCAGCUCAACAGCCCGACACAGGCCCAGCAUGGUGCUCUAUCGCCUCAGAUGUACCAGAGCUUGAUGUCUCCUGAUGGCAUGGGAAGUUCUCAGUUGCUAGGUGGUCCUCAUUCGCCUAUUUCUGGGCUACCAGGAUUUGCCAACGCAUUUGCCCCCAGUCCACAACUUCAGUCUGGACACGGUAUACUGUCAGGUACCAGCCGAACCGUAUAUCUGGGCAAUUUGCCUCCAGAGACCACCUCCGAAGAGAUUUUGGGUCAUGUUCGAAGUGGUCAGAUCGAGUCCGUUCGUCUUCUCCCCGAUAAGAACUGCGCGUUCAUCUCUUUCCUGGAUAGCAGCUCUGCCACCCAUUUCCACUCAGAUGCCAUUCUGAAGAAGCUGUCAAUCAAGGGCAACGACAUAAAGAUCGGAUGGGGCAAACCAUCGCAGGUCCCCACGUCAGUUGCACUUGCUGUUCAGCAGUCUGGUGCGUCAAGAAAUGUAUAUCUUGGAAAUUUGCACGAGGAUGUAACCGAGGAGGAACUACGUGAAGAGCUUGGAAAGUUCGGCCCAAUCGAUACCGUGAAGCUCGUAAAAGAGAAGUCGAUUGGCUUUGUCCACUUCUUGUCUAUCAGCAAUGCGAUCAAGGCAGUCACUCAGCUUCCUCAGGAGCCAAACUGGCAACCGCCUAAGAGGGUAUACUAUGGCAAGGAUAGAUGUGCCUAUGUAUCCAAAACCCAGCAACAGAAUGCCGCACAGUACCUUGGGAUCGCGCCUGGGUACGCGCACAUUCUGAACUCCGCCGAUCGUGAUCUCAUCUCGAACGCCCUAGCACAGCAAUCAGUAGCCGCUGCCGCUGUGGCAACCACCGCAGGAGGUGUGAACAACCUUGGAAACAGGACUGUUUACCUAGGCAACAUUCACCCCGAAACCACCAUCGAGGAGAUCUGCAACGUUGUCCGUGGCGGUUUAUUGCAUCACAUCCGCUAUAUCCCUGACAAGCACAUUUGCUUCGUCACCUUCAUUGACCCAACGUCUGCUGCUUCAUUCUACGCUCUCAGUAACAUCCAGGGCCUAAUGAUCCACAACAGGCGGUUAAAGAUUGGAUGGGGCAAACAUUCGGGAGCACUACCACCGGCCAUUGCAUUGGCGGUUAGUGGUGGCGCAUCUCGCAACGUUUAUAUCGGCAACCUAGACGAAACCUGGACUGAGGAACGUUUACGCCAGGACUUUUCAACAUACGGUGAGAUCGAGCUGGUCAACGCGUUGAGAGAGAAGAGCUGUGCGUUUGUUAACUUCACCAACAUUGCCAACGCCAUCAAGGCAAUUGAAGGAAUGCGAGGAUCAGAGGACUAUAAACGAUUCAAGAUCAACUUUGGGAAAGAUCGUUGUGGCAACGCGCCCCGUCAGGUUAACAAUAACCAGCACAACAAUCGUAUGGAUGGUUCCAGCAACUCCGUUAAUGGGAAUAUGCAGUCAGGACAGAACGGACAACAGUCGAGCCCGACUCGACCAGCUCUAUCCCCGGUCACUGGCUCCUCCGGAUCGCUCUCACAAAAUGGUCAAAGCAGGCACCCUCUACACUCGAUUGCAAACCCUGCUUCCAUCAUCAACACGGGAAGCAACAACCCCUUGACUCUCUACCUCAACCAAGUCUCUCAACAGCAACAACAGCAGCAACAACAAAACCGUGAGCAGGAGCCCCGCAUAGGCAACUCGAUGCAAUACCCCUCGCUCCAGCAACAGUCUCAAAACUACGGCUCGUCCCAGAGCAACCAUAGCCACAACCACAGCCAUAGCCACUUCAACGGAAACGGCAACGGAGUGACGGAUAAUGGUGCUCCUGGAGAGUCUCUUCUUCAACACAAGUCCUCUCUUAACGGGUUGUUGAACGUUUCUAGCGCCUCGAGCGCCGCCCAGCAACAGCACAACUCGUCAAGCAACAACUUGAGCGUUCCGCGUGCGCAGCAUUCCAGAACUGUUAGCUUGCCAUCCUUCUCGCAAGAGCGUUUUGGACAAGGCCCUCAUUCACACAUUCCAUCCCGGUCAGGCAUGAAUCAUCAGGCCCAAGGUAGCUUCUCUGGCUUUGGCGGGCUAGGAGGACUGAACCAUAGCGGGUUUGGUGGCCUCUCUAUCACCAACGAGGGAUCCCUCCCCGGAUGGGCCGAGGAAGAGAUUGGAGCCAAAUAA